AUGUCCAAGAGCCUGAAGAAGAGGAAGAACCACUGGACCAACAAAGUCCACGAGAGUGUCCUGUGCAGGAACGGGGAGGGGGACCUGGGGCUGGAGCUGCAGGGUGGCGCGGAGAACGGCCAGUUCCCCACCAUCGGCCAGCUCCCCCCGGGAACAGAGCCGUGCCACAGCCGCAAACUCUGCCAGGAUGAACUCCUCCUGGAAGUCAACGACACCCCGGUGGCCGGGCUCACCACUAGGGACGUCCACGCUGUGGUCAAGCACAGCAAGGACCCCGUCCGGCUCAAGUGUGUCAAACAAGGUCAGCAGAGUCCAGUCGGUGCGGUCGCUUUGUGCACUUUCAGUGUUAACUAG